CUAAUUUGUUGUUUAAUUUCAAGAAGCGCAAAGGUUUGUAGGUUGGUAGUGAAGGUUGUUGCAUGUCUUUUCGUGUUAUUUGUUGGGUCAAAUGAUUAUAACUAAAAGUGGUGGUCGUUAUACGUGAGACUGAGAAUUCCUAACUAAUUUUCACAACCUAAUCAUUGAUUGGUAAGUAAGUAGCCUCUUUCACAAGCAACAACAUCGCAUAAUAGUAAAUUGAAGGAUAUGUACAUACUGGAGGCCGAAGCCAAGAAAACAGAACAAGCUAGGAAGGCAUGAUUAUAGAGAGGUAGAGGGGUGUGUCGAUCACAACACGACUCUAUAAAGAAAUACCGAUGGUGUCGUCUCUAAGAAUUUGGGUCACUCCUGAGAAUGGGUUAGCAAGUUCAUGCAUACCGUAGCAAUAGACGAGACUAUGUUUCGAGAGCCAGUACAAGACUUUAUUUUUCUUCUCAGUAUGUAUAAAUGACAUUAACCAAUCACUCUUGCGCCAGUUUCCUCCGGAUCGCCUUUAGAAGCGAAGUGUAUGGACGUACCAGGUCAUGUCUGUUGCUGAUCGAAUUUUUUUUGUAUGUCUAGUAUAUUUAUGUAAGAAAUUAGAAAGAUUAAUAUAUACAAAAUGCGAUGAAUAUAAAUUGUUUAUUUGUCUUAUUUCACAGUCGAGAUAAGUCUCGAGACCCAUUUGGUUUGUCACUGACUCCACAUGAGGGUGUUAUGUAAGAUAAUGACAUAAUUGAAUCUUCAAAGAUGAUGGUAUAUGACUAUAAAUCUGUGGAACUAAUUGCAAGACAAAACAAGCUUACCCACUACAUUAAAAAGUAGAAUCUUUCCACUUAAGUCGUGUAAUGUAUUUUGUUUUCAAAGUCCAAAUUCAAAAUUACAAGCUAUGAUUUUGUUUUAUUAUGGCUAGGGUAAUACAAUUUUUGGUAUAUAAAAGACUCAUAGUUAAUUACUAUUCUGCAACUGAGAAUUCAACCCUAUCUGUAACAGUUAAGACAAGUUAGAUUUUGUCCAGUUUGAUCCCUGAAACUUUGAUAUAUUUCUCAAACGAGACCACAUACCAAGUUUUUACCAAAACGAGUCACCAAAGUUCACGAAUUUUCCUAAAGGGACUACUUGCCUGAAAAUCAUAAAGAAUUGCAAAGUUCAGGUACUAAUUAUACUGUUUGAAAAUUUGACGGAGGAAAAUUACAAUUAACCUCAUCCCAUAUCCCGUAGAAAUUAUCCAGUAAUUAAGCUUGAAUCAGACGGUCCCGGCAUUAGGUCCUGAAAAAAUCCCACUUUUAUACGGCCCAGAUCUCAUCUCUACACUGUUCGGCCGUUACCGAAUCUGACCCAAUUAAUAACAGAAGCCGAGCCGAGCCGAGCCCAAAUGCCCAAUGCUGUGUACCCACGCGGCCACGACCGCUGUUUUAAGUUUUAACCGCCGUGAAAAUUGAAAUGCGCACAAAUCCUCCGUCAACGUUUACAAAAUUAUAAUUUAAUGCCCCCAUUAAAAAUUAAAAUCUCCCGAUACUAAAUAAUAAAUUUCUCCCUCCCAAUAAAUAAAAGGCCUAGAGCUUAGACUGCUUAGUCACUCACACUUCCCUCCUUCCUUUCAUUCCCCUGCCUACCUCUGGGCUCUGGCAACUCUCACUCCUUCCAACUCUCCCUCGAUCACUGCGUCAAAGUACUUCAGAACUCUCCGGCGCCGACGAUUUUCGCAUUUCGGCCGGUGGUAGUCUGUAAUGACGGUGUUCUCCGGCAAGCAGGUGGUCCCGGUGGACUACGGCGCCGAGGUGUCGCAGCGGCUCCUCGAAGCCUGUCUCGCCGGCGAUCUCAGAUCCGCACUCGACUGCAUUCCCGAUCCCUCCCUCGACGUCAACUUCGUCGGAGCCGUCUGCUUGAAGUGCCGUCGUAGCGAGGUCGUUCUCCGCGACGAGUCCCCCGGCAAGGUCAGAGUCGAGUACGAGGAGUUCAGGACCGACGUCACCGCUCUCUUCCUCGCCGUCCACUCCGGCAACGUCGCUCUCGUCAGGAACCUCCUGAGCGUGGGAGCUGACGUGAACCAGAAGCUCUUCAGGGGGUUUGCGACAACAGCAGCAGUAAGAGAGGGCCACCUCCAGAUUCUAGAGAUCUUGCUCAAAUCUGGCGCGUCUCAGCCGGCUUGUGAAGAGGCCCUCCUGGAAGCUAGCUGUCACCAAGGGCGGGCAAGGUUGGCCGAAGCAUUGAUGGGGUCUGAUCUCAUUCGGCCCCAUGUUGCUGUGCAUGCCCUUGUCACCGCUUCCUGCCGUGGGUUCGUCGAUGUUGUCGAUACCCUUAUGAAGUGUGGUGUGGACUUCAACGCCACCGACAGAUUGCUAUUGUUGUCGUCCAAGCCUUCCCUCCACACCAAUGUUGACUGCUCUGCGCUUGUUGCUGCUGUUGUGUCUAGGCAGGUUGAUGUAGUUCGCUUGCUGCUAAAGGCUGGCGCGAAAACUGAUGUGAAAGUGAGGCUAGGAGCAUGGUCAUGGGACACAACCACCGGCGAGGAGUUCCGGGUCGGCGCUGGACUAGCCGACCCUUACGGCAUCGCAUGGUGCGCCGUCGAGUACUUCGAAGCCACCGGAGCCAUCUUGAGAAUCCUCCUCCAACACUUCUCACCAAAUACCACCCACCACGGUAGAACCUUGCUCCACCACGCCAUCCUCUGCGGCAACCCAGCCGCUGUCAACGUGCUCUUAACCUCUGGCGCCGAUGCAGAGUCCCCUGUUCAUACUUCGAAACAAGCCUUCAGACCAAUCCACAUGGCCGCCCGCUCAGGCUCGCCACAAAUCCUCAAGCUCCUGAUCAACUCCGGCUGCCAUCUCAACUCCACCACGGACUCCGGCGACACCGCUUUGAUGAUCAGCGCAAGGUACAAACACGGCGAGUGUCUCAAAGUACUCGCCAUGGCCGGUGCAGAUUUCGGCCUACUCAACAACGCAGGCCAAUCUGCACUCUCACUGGCUACAGCAAACCGCUGGUCGCUCGGUUUCCAGCAAGCAGUACACGAAGCAAUUAGAGCACGAAAUGGUGAAAAGGUCAUUGUUUCGAGCAGUCUGUCCGUCUUCAACCCUCUCUUCUUCGUAGCUCAAUCCAGCGACGCUGAGGCAUUGCAGGACCUGAUCAAGUCAGGGGAGGUCAGCCUUAACUACCAAGAUGAGGUCAACGGCUACUCUGCAGUAAUGUGCGCAGCUCUACACGGCCGUGUAGAGUCCUUCAGGGUGCUGGUCUAUGCGGGGGCCGACGUCAAGCUACAGAACAAAGCCGGCGAGACAGCCAUCUCAAUCUCCGAGCUGAACUCAAACCGCGACUCAUUUGAGAAGGUGAUGCUCGAGUUUGCACUCGAGCAAGGCAACAGAAACUCCUCCUCCGGAGGGUUUUACGCACUGCAUUGUGCUGCUCGUCGUGGGGACACUACUGCAGCAGAGCUUCUGACGUGUAGAGGCUACGAUGUCAACGUUCCAGACGGAGAUGGGUACACUCCGCUGAUGCUGGCAGCGAAAGGUGGCUUCAAGUCCAUGUGCGAGUUGUUGAUAUCUCAUGGUGCUGACUGCGAGUUCAGGAAUGCCAGAGGCGAGUCUGCAGUUUCUUUGGCUAAGAACAAGGAAGUGAGGAACAAGAUACUCGACGAGCUUGCACGCAAGCUUGUUACUCAAGGGUGUCGCGUGAUGAAGCAUACCAAGGGAGGCAGAGGGGUGGCUCAUGAGAAGGAGAUCAGAAUGGUGGUGGCGACAGGAGUUUUGACGUGGGGGAAGAGUGGUCGGAGGAAUGUGGUCUGCUUGGAUGCAGAGGUGGGAGCCAGUAAAGUGUUUCGGAGGAACAGGAAGAGCAGAGGAGAUGGUGAGGUGUCACCUGGGUUGUUUCGGGUGAUGACCACGAAGAAGAAAGAGGUUCAUUUCGUCUGUGAUGGUGGCGAUAAGAUGGCUGAGCUUUGGGUUAGAGGGAUAAAGCUGGUUACUAGAGAGGCUAUCUGCGGUUGAAAGAUGGGGAAGUAGUAUACAGAGAGAAGAGAGAUGAUGAGGGGGUUUUGUUUAGAGAGGAGUUUACUUCUUCUUGAAGUAAGCUGUGGAGAGUUCUUGAUUUUGUAAAGUUCUCUUUUGAUCCACCUGUAGUUAAAAGUGGCCAUUUUCAAUCCGAGAAGUUUAGUAGAACAAAAUAUGACCAUAGUUGGUGAAUCAAAGGAUUAUACCGAACUCACUAAUGAAGAUGGUAACCAUAUAUAGUAGAACAAAAUGUGACAUGGUAA